AUGCUAGAACUUCAAUACGAACUGGAGUCAAAGGCAGCCAAGCGUGAUAAAGUCAUACGAGUUGUUCCUGAGAGCGAGAGGGAAACACAGAUCCUGAGGGCUGCAUUUAACAGGCUUAAGGCUAAAAUUUCCAAGUGUAUUUCAGAUUUGGCAACAAAAGACAGUAAAAGUGGACAAGAAGCAUCCCUUAGGUUGGUUCCUGCACUACAGGUGGACCUGUGGCAGCCCAGCAGCCCCUUCCACAUCGUCGAAGGUACGGUUACCGACGUGCGAGUACCACAGAACAUGUCCCGAAGUCUGCUGCCCUACCUCCAGCAAGCAAACAUCCAGUACACGAUUCUUAUAUCAGACCUACAGAAGGCAAUAGAAAACCAAACUGGACUGAGGUCAUAUAGGAAUCGAAGGUCCCUCUCUGGGUAUAACUAUGAAGUGUAUCACUCCCUGGAAGAAAUCCAGGGUUGGAUGCAUCAUCUGAAUAAAACUCAUUCAGAUCUUGUUCACAUGUUCUCUGUUGGAAAAUCCUAUGAAGGAAGACCACUGUUUGUACUCAAGUUAGGUAAAAGAUCACGGCCCUACAAGAAAGCUGUCUGGAUAGACUGUGGGAUUCAUGCAAGAGAGUGGAUUGGACCUGCCUUUUGCCAGUGGUUCGUGAAAGAAGCUCUUCAGACAUACCAGACCGAUCCUGCCAUGAGAAAGAUGCUAACUCAGCUGUAUUUCUAUAUCAUGCCUGUAUUUAAUGUGGAUGGAUAUCAUUUUAGCUGGACAAAUGAUCGAUUUUGGAGAAAAACAAGAUCAAAGAACACAAGGCUUCGGUGUCAUGGUGUUGAUGCUAAUCGCAACUGGAAAGUGAAAUGGUGUGAUGAAGGUGCUUCAUUUCACCCAUGCGAUGACACCUACUGUGGUCCCUUUCCUGAGUCUGAGCCUGAAGUAAAGGCUGUUGCUCAUUUUCUCCGCAAACAUCGGAAACAAAUAAAAGCCUAUUUGUCCUUCCAUGCAUAUGCACAGAUGCUGCUGUACCCUUACUCUUACAAAUAUGCAACUAUUCCAAACUUCAGCUGUGUGGAAACAGCAGCCUAUAAUGCUGUUAACGCUCUUCAGUCAGCCUAUGGUAUAAGAUACAGAUAUGGACCUGCAUCUAGCACUUUGUAUGUGAGUUCUGGUAGCUCUAUGGACUGGGCCUACAAAAAUGGCAUCCCCUACGCAUUUGCGUUUGAGCUGCGUGACACCGGCCAUUUUGGAUUUUUACUUCCCGAGACGCUGAUCAAACCAACCUGCACAGAGACCAUGCUUGCAGUUAAAAAUAUAACUCUUCAUCUGCUGAAGAAAUGCCACUGA